ACUAAGACUCUGCUCGCCGCCGGCGAAAACAGAGUAUUCGCCGGGAGCCAAACAGAUCGAGAUACCGUCACCGGAGAAAACAAAGAUAACUUUUUUUUUUGGGUCUUAUUAUUACCUUCAAUCUGAUGAUGUACUCUUCCUCUUUCUCGACGAAGAAGGAAUUGAACUUCUCGAGCUCGUCUUCCAAAAGCUUGAUGAAAUCGAUCUCCUCCUCCGUCACGCCGCCGUCCAGUCUCGGCCGCUUGGCGGGCCUAUCUCCUGGGCCGUCGCCGGCCCUGUUGUUGGGCUCGAUGAGCUUCAAUUUCUUUUUUAGCUCCUUGUAGGAGAGGAACUUGUCCCUCCACUCGGGCAGAGUCUCGUCGAUCUGGGUGCUGAGGCUUUUGCCGAACUUCAUCGUUACAGAGUCGGUUUCGCCGGAGAGAGAAUGGGAAGGCAAUUAAAGAAGAGGGGAGAAAUGGGGGGGAAGAAAAGGAAGGAAGGGGGAUAGUUAUAAGUGCUGUUGGUGGGAAGAAGAAGAAACAGAGGAGGAGCAGAGGGGGGAGAAUAUUCCAAGGUAAUAUCCAAUUUUCAUCUUGUGAAAGGGUAUAUCUUUUGGUUUUAUUCCCUGCUCUGAGGAGGAAAGACGGUCCCAACUGCGCACCACAAAAGUAAUUCUUAUUUUUUAUUUUAAUUUUAGAUAAAUCAGUGGCGGUGGCGGUGGUGACGACAGAGAGAGAGAGGUGAUCGGCGGAGAUGGAAAGGGGUGGAGCCAACAGAUUUUUACGCGGCGGCGGUGAAUCUCGAGGCGGACGGAUUCGGCAUAAUUCCAAACCGCCUUUCAACGAAUAUUCCCUGCUUCGUUUCCCUCUCCAAUUUCCGUUACUAACCCCGUUGGCAGGUCAACUUGUUUCAAUUGGACCGAUUCUACCCACAAUCCCUUCUCAUCCCACUUACAAGCCAACCAACAAAGUCAAAAGAAACUAACUCUAAUCGGGACAGCAGCAGGGCUUUACGUGCCACUCUAUGAGCAGCCCAGUUGACAGUCCGCGGAACAUCCCUAAAUUCUAUACAAAGAGAACAAGACUCAAGAAGAUAACAACAAUCUCGAAGAAUGGGGCCACCAAUAGAAUCCUCCACCAAUCGAAGCUUGAGCUGACGGAUGACCACUUCUGCAUCGCCUUCGAUGAUAACCGGAGACAAACUUCUAGAAGUUGUAAGAGAGAUUGCAUACAUAGCUGCAAGGAGUUCUGCAAGAUAAGGAUCCGAGAUACCAUAAUGUUGCCGCACCCACGGCAAGAAGCACAUGCCCAGCCAAGCCAUCAACUGUUGUAUCGGGGUUGAUGACGAUAGGAUGAUUAACGAGUAUAGUUGUUCUUGAUAAUUCGAGAGUUUGGAUUUUUUAGUCAUUCGUCAAACUUAAAAAAGGAAGGAAUCGACAAAGAAGAAGUUGGUUUGACUUAAAAGUAUUAACCACAUGUUCAAUCAUGAUGAUAGGUGAUUCAUCUUAUAUAUUUGCUUAGUGGAUACGCUUUCUAAUAAAUGUGAGUUUUAUUAGUUUUCAUAAUGAAACGUAAGGAGAUUCAACGAAAUGAUGAAUCUCGCACACCUUGUUCGGGGUGGGAGAAUUCUCAAUGGACGUUUCAUUCAAUUCCUGUGAUUCCAGACCCCUCUAACUUAUUCUCAUCUUAUCUGCACCUAUUGUUUGACCGACUAUAGUUAACUACUAUUGUUGGUAGUGUGACGAUCUUCGUCAUUGAAUAUACACAGACUUUGGUCGAUCGUAACCGAUUCGUGUUCAUUCGACGAUCAAGAUCACUGCACUCACACGAUCCGACGGUGGCCAUGAUCUCCAAUUCUCCAUGUUUGGCGAAACAUACGAUGCAAACCUAGUCCUCCACAUCAAUCAUUUAAUAGCUAUAGAUGGAAAGAGUAUGCAAUAAAUCAGAUUUCAGUGGGUUUCCAACAAUAUAGGUAAGACAGUUGUCUGUCGAUGCUUUUUUUGGAUUUGCUUUGUCCGGGAGCUUUGGAGGAGGGAGGAGUGGAUAAGGAAGGAGAUUCGCAUCUUCGGAAUGGGAUAUUCUUUCGCUUUGCGAAGGAAUCUACUCUUGUCUCUUUGGCAUCUUUUUUCUUGGCAUAGUAACAGGCUAACAGGCAAUAGCUAACAAAGUCCUUGUUUCCUCCCCUCUCUUCCUGCUUCUCGUGUCUAUAGUAUUCAGAAGUUACUGGUAGGUGUACAAAUCCGGACCUGAAAUGCACGAUCCGAAAGUAAAAUAAAAUUUGAGGAUUGGAACCGAUGAUACGAUCGAUCAUAUUUCUAUUAGUGUUCAAUGUUAUGUCGGAAUGAGAAAUCGACAAUGCAAGAAAGUAAGGAAGACACAAAUUUACGUGGUUCAUUAAUACGAUGCGUGUUAGCUGAUUUGCUAGUCGGAGAGACCAGUUUCACUAUACUUUGAGAAGAUACAUAUUACAGAGAGAGAUGAGAAGAUUGAUAUACAUAGCACAUUGUCCAAAUGGUCUUAUCCUAAUCCAACCCGGAAAGGAAAAGAUACAAAUAUCCAUAACAUAAUAGCAUAUUUGUAUAAGCAGGGGCGGACCCAAUGGGGGUUUAGGGGUUUCUGGGACACCCCCAAAUUUUGGGAAAACGAUUAUCAAACAUUCGGUGGUAAUUUACGGACGGGCAAAAAAAUUAUAAUUGACAGUGAGGGACACCCUUGAAAUUUGAAAAAAUGAUUAUCCUACUAUCAUUUUUUAAAUUUGUGUAUGGGAAUAUAAGUGCUAGGUUGGGUAAUCAAAUCUAGAACACUACUAUUAUUAAUAAAACAUAAUUUCCAUUAAGCUACAAGCCUACAACUCAUUUGUUGUUCAAUUUUGAACAUUGUGUAAUAGUAGAAUGUCAUUCCCUAUCUCUAAUAUUUUUCCAAUCCUAACAAUUAAUAAACUCAUUUCAAGCUACCCUUAAUUUGUAUUGAUUUUAUGGUUGUACGACAAGUGUUGAAAGAGUCUUUCAGCUUUGGGUUACAUAAAAAACGACUUUACAAAUCGAAUAUGCGAUCAGUUCGUGAAUUAUUGUUUAGCAGGGCAUAUAGAGACAAAAAGAUUUUAACACUGUAGACACCAAGUGUAUUCUACAAUUAUUUCUGAAUAUGAAAAUACAUCAUGAACUUUUUG